AUUUAAACAUUUGAUUGAAACCACUUUGUUGUCAAAUUUCUCUGAAAAACCCGGCAAAUAUUUUGACAGUUAUCGCCGUUGGAAGCUUAGGUUCGGUGAUGAGUAGUUCCACUAAACGGACUUUUUGAAUGUUUCCCUGGUGUUUGGUAAUCUGUUGAACUCGGAAAAUUUAUAUUUUUCUGUGAUUUUAAUUUCGGCGUAUAACCUUCAGUUAUAUGAGUUUUAAUAGUUCUAUGUUAGUAGUGGUACUUAAAAACAAAGUUUUGUUUAUUAAAUAAACCAAACCUUCAUACAAUGAAUACAACAUCAGAAUGGUUACAGUACAUACAAGAAGAGCAGAAGUACUUUAAUCCAGAUGAAAGAUUAAAGACCUUUAAAAAAUGGGUGUUCCCAAAUUCUGCAAAAUGCAAUGCUCAAAAGAUGGCUGAUGCAGGAUUUGUUUAUACUGGUAAUACUAAGGAUCCAGAUAGCGUUCAGUGUUUCUUUUGUGGUAAAUCUCUGGAUGGUUGGGAGAUUGACGAUGAUCCUCAUAAUGAACACAUCAAACAUGCACCUAAUUGUCACUAUGCACAACUUCAAGAUGAUACUCCCGUCAUACAACUUUUAAGUGUUUGGGAGGAAUAUACCAAGAAAUUGGUUGAUAGGUUUCAUGAGAAAAUGUCCAAUAAAUUGGAUGUGUUACUGUAAUUGUAGAUAUGAAUACAAAUGUGGUUUUAACUUUUACUUUAAAGAUAUCUUAUUUUUUUUAUAUAUGUAUUCCCUAAAAUAAAAUUUUAUAAUAAAAUUAAAUAAUGACUUGUAAUAUUUAAAAUUCAUUUCUGAAUAAAAUAAUAUAGUUAUAAAUAAAACUGCCUUUAACAAUGAA